CGGAAGCGGGAGGGGAGAGUGAAACAGGAAAAGAAGGGAAGAAGGAAGAAGAGGGAAGAGGAGGAGAGGGAGGAGGAGGAGGGAGGUGGCGGCGCCGUGGCGGAGGAGCAGGAGCAGGAGGGGGAUGGAGGGGAGAAGGCUCCUGGGUGGCAUGGCGCUCCUGCUCCUCCAGGCGCUGCCCAGCCCCGUGUCAGCCAGGGCUGAACCCCCGCAGGAUAAGGAAACCUGUGUGGGUACCAAUAAUCAGAGCUACAUCUGUGACACAGGACACUGCUGUGGACAGUCUCAGUGCUGCAACUACUACUAUGAACUCUGGUGGUUCUGGCUGGUGUGGACUAUCAUCAUCAUCCUGAGCUGCUGCUGUGUCUGUCACCAUCGCCGAGCCAAGCACCGCCUUCAGGCCCAACAGCGGCAACAUGAAAUCAACCUGAUCGCCUACCGGGAAGCCCACAAUUACUCAGCGCUGCCAUUUUAUUUCAGGUUUUUGCCAAACUAUUUACUACCUCCUUAUGAGGAAGUGGUGAACCGACCUCCAACUCCUCCCCCACCAUACAGUGCCUUCCAGCUACAGCAGCAGCAGCAGCUGCCUGCACAGUGUGGCCCUGCAGGCAGCAGCCCCCCAGGCGCCGAUCCCACCAGGGGCUCCCAGGGGGCACAGAGCAGCCCCUUGUCUGGGCCCAGCAGAAGCAGCACGAGACCCCCAAGCAUCGCUGACCCUGAGCCCUCCAGCAUAGACCCAGCAGCCACCAAAGCCCCUGGAAUGGAGCCCAGCGGCUCUGUGGCCGCCCUAGGGGAGGAAGACCCUGGGGCCUUCCUGGAGAAGGAUUCCGAAUGUAAGGAGGAGCUGCUGAAAGAUUACAGCUCCGAGCAGGGCAGCGCCCUCCCCGACAGCAAAGACAAGACCCCUGGCAGACAUCGCCGCUUCACGGGUGACUCGGGCAUCGAGGUGUGUGUGUGCAACCGGGGCCACCAUGACGACGACCUCAAAGAGUUCAACACGCUCAUCGACGACGCUCUGGACGGGCCCCUGGACUUCUGCGACAGCUGCCACGUGCGGCCCCCUGGUGACGAGGAGGAAGGGCUCUGCCAGCCCUCCGAGGAGCAGGCCCGAGAGUCCGGGCACCCCCACCUGCCACGGCCACCUGCCUGCCUGCUGCUGAACACCAUCAAUGAGCAGGACUCCCCAAACUCCCAGAGCAGCAGCUCCCCCAGCUAGAGCAGGCCCUGCCUACACCCGAGAACUCGGUGAAGCAACCAGGGUAGGGGAGAACCAUGAGAGAAGCAUUAAAUGACUGACUGUGUUCCUUUUUUUCCCCCUCUGCUCCUGCAUUUUCCUGCAUCUCCAGGUACAGUUUGGGGUGUGGGUGCCUCGCCCCCCACAGAAGCACAGUGUCAUGGAGGGCUGAGAAGUUGUUCGUUCUGUGACUCAUUCCUCAUGCCCCACCCUGUCCCCCUUUACCUCUUUUCAAGUCAUGUCUCACUAACCUGCUCUGGUCAGAGAGAUGUGUGUUUCAGAAGCCCCUGAGGAGUGGGGUGAGACUGUGUGCUGAGGUGACUCUUGGUGAUGGAGUGGAUUCUGCUCUGGUGUUAGUUUAAGAGGACCUCGCCAUGUCUCAGUCUGGGAGAGGCGGCAGGGCUUAGCCCCAGGUGAAGAAGGAAGCCCACAAAGGCCCAGGGGCUAUCACCCCUCGCUGCUGGCAUCUGCCGAGCCAGAACUGGGCGGCUCCUGUGCCGGGUCGUAAGAGGCUUGUUUUGUUAUCAAAUUCCAGGUGACAAGAUUGAGGUGCCACCGCGCAUCCUGGAGGGGCCCCGUCCCAGCAGGUUCUGGCUAACUGCAGACUGGUUCAGGUGUGGAAGGUUAUACCUGCCUUCUCUUUGGUUUUUCUCUUUUUUAAAAAACAACGACAACAACAAAAAUGAGCUGAAAACAAGAACUUGACCAAUGGGCAGGCAAGAAUUCAGCUUUGGAAAAGGGAAGUGUGUGGCUCUUUCCCAUCUUGGCCUUCAAAGAACCUGGCUACAGCGGAGCCAGUAGGAAAUGUGUGGUGUGCCAACGCGGGUAGGGGCUGGAACUUCUGCGGGUGAGCAGGAGGCCCUGUGCGUGCAGGGGUCGGAUAGAGGAGCAGCCCUUGAUCUGUGCCCACAGGUGACCAGUGCCCUCCCCCACCCCCAAGCACACAGUCUGCUGGCCUUCAUAUCUCACGUUCUCUGCGAACAAACGAGGAGGCUUUGGGUCCUAAGAGGGUGGCCCCACAGCCUGAUUCUCACACAGUAUUUUCUCUUGAUUCUGAUUAAGUUGUUUUUGUUUGUUUUCAAACUGACCACUUGGAAAAAAUGCCUUGGUUAUCUGUGGUUUUCAUGCUCUUUUCCUACCACCCCAGCCCCACCCUGAGUGGGGUAACUAAUUUUUGUAGCCUAUGUCAAGAGUCUAAGUGACCCAGGUAGGAGGGUGAAGGCAGCCAUCCUGAAGGACCACGGGGUCCUUGUUAUUGUAGUUUGGCUUCAGAUAACCGGUGGAGCUUUGAUAGAAAUAAUCUGAAUGGAGAAAGCAAACUGCCGAAACUAACAUUCCCUGUCCAGCCCUGUUCUUAUGAAGACUGUGGUUCUUCCCCGACUCCUGAACGAUCAUACUCAGACUAGGCGUUGACAUUAUGGUAAGAAAGGAAAAAAUAUAUAUGUAUAUAUAUGAAUAUACACGUAUGUGUGUCCGUGUAUGUGUACUUAUACAUACACACUCACACACACGCACACAAAAUAGACAAAUCCAAGGCUGUGAGGUGAACGAGUGUCUGCAUUUGGAGUCCACAAAACCAAAAUCCAUGUUGAACAAAAUGCAGUCCGUAUACAGUGACUAUUUGGAGAACCUGUGUGUGUCUGUCCGUCGUGUGUGAGCCCCCAGCCCUGUUUUCCUGUGAAUCUACUUUGAACGGCAGCCACUCUGCUCAUGUUACACACGAGUUUGGAGCAGGCGCGGCCUUCUCAAGGUAAUUUAUUUUACGCAUUUACUGUUUACUGAGCAAAUGUCUGACUGUGCACUCGGGUGUACUCAGCAGUGCUGUUGACAGCAGCCCCUAUGUUUGCCAGAGAUACUGUGCUCAAAGUAGAGGUUUUACUCUACCCAUCACUGCAAUUUGCACAUUGCUCCGUGGACACUCGGAGGCCUGUGUUCUGUUCCCCGUACAUGGAAAUGAGCUCUGAGCCUGUCUGCCUCCCUCGGCUGCUCCUGGUCCUUGGCGUCAGGCCCCGGGGGUGUCCACAACCCUUCGGGACAGAAGGCCAAAGUGGAACCUCAGACAGAAGCUGGAUUGGCUCUUCAGUGACAAGCCUGGACUGGCUGCGGCCCAGACGUCGGCCCUGCCCAGAACUGCCGGGCGGGUUUGGCAGACACCGCAGCGCCGCAGGGCUCACCUCCCUCUGCUGAGGUCCAGUGGGCAGGAGUGUGCCAGCAGCCCUCAGAUGCCUUUCCUCCCACCUUUUUUUUUUUUUUUAAUAAAUCCCAAACAACUCACUGAAGUGUCUCAAAGGAGAUCAAGUUUUACCAAAAUGAACCCUGCUUCGGUUAACUGAGCAUUACAUGAAGUCUGGCCCUCUCAAGUUUCCUUCUCUAGGUAGAGUGGGGAGCUGGUCCGAGUGUUAACUGCUGGGUUGGCUGCAGCGUCCUACCCUAGAGGCACGAGAAGAAGAAAACAACGGGUGCCCCUGGGCUUGGUUCCAGUGGUCACAGUCCGGCCCCUGCCCCACGAGGCUACCCUGUGCGCAGAAAGAUGGAAAUAAGGAGUUGAAGGACUCAUGAGGGGGCCGGGGAGAGUUGAUUGAGUCUGGUUUUCCAGAUGAAUGAGAAGAAAGGGGUUGGUUGAGGGUUUGGUGCUACAGUCAGAAGAUUGCAAAUGCUAACACAUUCCUGUGUGAGGCACAUCAUCCUUUGUCAGUUAUUGUGAAUAUGUGUAUUUUAAGCAAUAAGAUUCAGCUGGUCAGACUUCUCUGGGCAGUCUCGGUGAUGCAUUUCCUGUGCUGUGAUUGUUCUGAAGACAGAGUGGCUCUAACCACUGUGAGAAGCCCAAAUAAAACCAAUCCCCAA